UUAAAAUCCAGGGACAAAGUUUAAAUAAGAAGCCUUGUGAACAGAAAAGAGUAUAUUACUGUUUACAAUACCCUCUGCGUGUCAUCUCUCUCCACAGAGACUGAAAGAAUUGAAGCAGCGGGAAUUUGCCCGAAAUGUGGCUUCCAAGUCCUGGAAGGGUGAGAAGAAGCAAGAAAGGGCCCUGAAACGCCUUCAUCAGCUGGCUGAGCUGAGGCGGCGGUCUGAGUGUGUUUCUGGAAGUGGACCAGCAUAUAAAGCCCCCAGGGUAGCCAUAGAGAAGCAACUCCAGCAAGGAAUUUUCCCAGUCAAGAGUGGCAAGAAGGUGUCUUGCGUGAAGAGCGCUCUCCUCCUCAAAGGAAAAAAUGUGCCCAGGAGCAUUUCUGACAAGCAUCGGUCCACCGUGUCUACCCGCCAGCCGCUGCACACGGACCCACGUUGUUGGCUGGGAAAUCGGACACCACAGCCACCUGCAGGGCUCAGCAAUGCAAACCCCAGGACAGGAGUGUCCUUCUCCUUUUCCAAAAAAGCUCAUCUAAAAUUAGACUCUUCAGCAUCAGUGUUCAGUGAGAACACAGAAGAAAACCAGGAUGGUAACAAGUCAUCCAUCUACAAAACAAAGCAAACCGUCCAGAACUGCAAGUGCUGCAGGUCUGCCAGUGAGGAUACGCGCUUCUCCACCAUCUCGCCACGCCAGCUGGAGAGUGUCUUACACAAGACCUUCUCCAUCAGCUCCAAAGUUUUGCAAGACCAACAUGAUUCUAUUGAUAAGACAGUAGAAGACGUCAGUGGUAUUCACUCUCCCAUCUCUACAUCUAACCUUCAUCUUUCAGAUGUAGAAUCUUCUCCUUCCAGAAGAGAAAAAGAAACCAGAAAUGCAUUGAAGAACUCUUCAGAAACCCACAUCAAUCACCCAGGCCAAACAACUGCUUCCUGCAGCCCACCAAACAUUUACAAGCACAGUGAUGCCAGGAUAUUUGAACACUUGGAUGAAUUUUCAUCACCAGAGCCAAAUGAACAAAAGAGUCUCACACAUUUGAAUCCACAAACCAGAAUGGAGGACAGGGAAAAUUUUUUAGAGGAUACAGAAAGAGUUAGUAAAAGUGUUCAAAAACUUGUAAGAGAGGGAUGUCCCCAUGAUGUGACAUCGAAAACUUUGCCUUUUCUCCAUGUUCAAAGCAAGGAUGGCCACACAACUCUCCAAUGGCCUACAGAACUUCUGCUCUUCACAAAAACAAAGCCCUGCAUUUCUUAUGGCUGUAACCCAUUAUAUUUUGAUUUUAAGCAUUCUCGAAACUCAAAGGACAGCCAUGAUCUGGAGGACUCAAACACAUAUUUGAGUAACAAGGCCCUGGAAGUGACAAUAGAGAGCCAAGUCUCCAGCUUAAUCAAAGACAGACCAAAACCAAUCCAAGAAGAUAAUCCAUCUUUGAAACCAAAGAUAAUGACAACUAAUCAAGAUGGGGAAAUUUUCCAGAAAAAAUGUCAUUUGGGUCUCAUUAAUUCCGAGUCAAAAAAUGGUGAGCAUAAUUUUAGUGCAAGUGGUUUGGAAUUGAAGAAUUCCAAAGAGCCUACUUACCUUGAUGUGUCUUUCAGCGGCUGCAUAGGAAAGAAUAAUGGCAAUAAUGAAAUCAAGGAACCUCUAAGGGCCCAUUGGCAAAGUUAUGGAAGGGUGGUUCUAAAUGAUAUAAAUGAGAGCUUAUCUUUUCCUACCAGCAUCUCCAGGACUAAAAAGCCUAAACGGAUGGCCUGUAGUUCUUCAGAGUUUGAAGAUGCUAGCCAUUUCACCUGGAAUUCCAGCGCGUUGACAGUAGGGGGACCCGGUGACCAUGGGAAGGACUUCAGUCUGAUUUUGAAUAGUAGCCACAUCAGCAUGAGCAGCAAUGUUUCUGAAUGUGGAAACCACAUUUCAAAGAGGCACUCUCCAGAGUCAUCUCUGAGUGGACAUGCUAGCCCGUCAGCCAUGUCCUCCGGCAGCGUCUCCAGCUUGAGAAGUGCUUGUUCAAGUCACAGAUCCCAUGAGGAUGGGAGAGGAAACCUGUUCUACUUCUGUAGAAGAGAACGCAAAUCAGUUGAAAGACAUAAAUGGAAGCGCAGAAGGCACGCCUGCUUCUGUGUGCCUGAUGAGAUGAGUAAGAGCACCUGCCCUCUAGCUGCAGCAAAGCAAGACGCAAACUGCAAAGUGUGGGAAUCAUGUAAGAACAAGCACUCCAAACACAGAUACUGUCACUGUAAAGAAAAACACACACAAGGAAAAGUCCAACAGUUUUCAGGACCCAAAUCCCCAAGAACCAUCCACUGUGAUUUCAGCUCACAAGAUUGGUGUGCUGGAAGCAGAGAACUGCCCAAUUGCCAGGGCCCUCGACAGAGCCGGAAGAGCUCUUGUGCAAGACAGGGACUUCAUUGCUUCAAUAAAAGCAAGAGUCAAGAGCCCUGGGUCAGUCCUCACUGCUGUGAUCUGGGAAAAGCCAAACCCAGGCAGUGCACUUGUGAAAACGGGCACUGCCUUCUCAGGCACUAUUCCAUGGGCUCUUCACAAGCCAGAGAGCCAAACUCGACAGAAGGAGACAGGACGCCCUUGACUGCCAAGAGCCUUUUAGAAAGAUUACGAACCAAGAAGUGUCAGGAACAGUCAGCUAAUGCUGAGGUCUCUUCCAACAGCUGUACAAAUCAGUCAGACUCUCAUUCACAAACCCCAUGUGAGAUUCAAGUUGUACCACCAGGCUGUAGCAGGCCAGCACUGCCUCUGUCAGAAAAAGUACGAUACAAAAGAAAUGUUCAAGUUAGUGCAGUUCACGGGACUACUGAGAAGGACACCAUCAAAAGUUUGCAGACCAAUAAUCUCACUGUUUCAGCAGACAGCAGUUGUGAUAAGCACCUUUCUAAAGGUGUAACUCCCAUAGAAGCAGGGUCUCAGCCACUAAAUGGAAUACAGAACCCAACAACGAAAGGACAAUCAACAUGUUCAACUGGUGAUGUCCAAUCUUUUAUGUCACCCUGUGACCCGAUCCCAAAUGAAUACCCUGGUGCUUUUCCAUCCAAUCGAUUUAUUAGUGUUGGUGAUGCAACGGAGACCAAAGAGGAUGCAAUAAAUAUAGACUUACAGGAUGUAAGCAUGCAAAUGAAUCUUGUUGAGGGGAAUAUAAACUCUUGCCAUGACAGAACUAUGCAGAAGCAUGACAAAGUGGAAGAUGAAUUGGAACUGCUCCAUAAAUCUCUCUCUCCCUCUUUAAUGCAACAGCCCAUAACAUUUUCUCCCGAUGAAAUAGAUAAAUACAAGCUCCUCCAGCUGCAAGCCCGGCAGCACAUGCAGAAGCAACUCCUGUCAAAGCAUCUUCGAGUCCUGCCUGGUGCAGGGGCCCCUGCCUUCUCGGCGACCUCCGCUGCGCCGCCAGGCCCCGCUCACCAGCACGCCUCCAUCACCGCAAUCCACCACACCUUCCUGCAGCACUUGGCUGUUUCUGCCUCCAUAAGUCCCCACGGCAGUCACCUCCCUAUCGCCCACCUGCGUCCCCUCUCACAGUCACAUUUUACACCUAUUUCAUUUUCAGCUCUGACUCCAGCCAUUAUCCCUGCACAUCCCACGUUCCUAGCCAGUCAUCCCCUACAUUUAGUCACAGCUGCUCCUUUCCACUCAUCUCACAUAAUGUUCCAGCCCCUUCCCCCCGCAGCACUCAUCCCCACAUUGUUAGGCUCUCACUUAAAUCCAGCCACAACUUCGAUUAUCCACUUGAAUUCUCUCAUCCAACCCAUGUUCCAAGGUCAAGAACUUUGCCAUCAUUCUUACGCAAGUCAGAUGCAACAGUUAAAUGCAGUCAAAGAGGCCUAA